CACGGCUCGGUGCACCGAGCCAAAGACGCGCCCAUGAGCUCCUCGGAGACGCCCGAGCUCAUCCUACACAGGUGGCCCGGACGAUGGAACCUCCCUUCCCUCUCCCCCGAGUGCAUCGCGGUGGAGACCUACCUGCGUCUGGCGGGCCUCCGCUUCGCCGUCGAGGAUUGCCGCACGCACUACGCCUCCCCGUCCGGCGCGCUCCCCGCGCUCGACCAGAACCUCGACGUCGUCGGCGGCGCCGUCCCGGGCGACACCAACAGGGAUCCCACCGGCGCCCUCGCGAGGCACCGCAUCGUCGAGCACCUCAGGCGCAAGGUACGCGACGUCGACGCCCACCUCGGUCCCGACGAUCGUGCCCAACUCGCGGCGUACGUCGCCCUCGUCGAGCACAAGCUCGCGACCACCACCGCGUGGUACCAGUGGAUCGAUAAGGACCGGUUCGCGAAACACACCAGGCUAGCGUACGGCGCAGCCUUUCCCGCUCCGCUGUCGCACGUCCUACCCUGGAUGUGGCGCAGGACACAGCUGGCGGGUGCCUCGGCGGUCGAAUCGAACGACGAUCGGGUGAGGGACGGCUUGAGAGACGCGUACGCGUCGCUCGCCGCCAAGCUGGCGUCGACGGGCGGUCCGUACCUGCUGGGCGCCAAGCCGACGAGCGUCGACGCCCUAUUGUUCGCGCACCUCGCGUACCACGCGAGGGCGCCGUGCAUGGACGUGGCGCGGGGGAUCAUGAAGGAUUUCCCGGCGCUAAUCAAGUACGUCGAAGCCGUGGAGCGAUCCACGUUUCCGACGCCGGAUGGAGGUAACCCCGGCCGAGGCGGGUCAGCGCCGGGGGCGUUGGACUCGUCGUCGUGGAGGGAACCGCCGAGCGCCAACGUACGGGGACGUCGCAACUGGUGGGGGCGUCGCGAGAGCGGUUUCGGCGGCGACGGGGAGGAGAAGCCGCUGAGCGCGAAGGAGCGAAGGUUCAGGCGGCGGAGUCGAUGGUCCGUGCUCGUCGCCGUCGGCGCGAUCGCGACGUACCUGUUCGCCGGGGAUGUGGUGACGAUCGCGAUGGAGGGGAUCGAACAGGGAGAUGAACCGUCACCGGGGGACGACGACGACGACGACGACGACGACGACGACGGGGUGGAGCCGAACCACGACGAAGACGACGACGAGGGAUCGGAGGAGGUUCUCGAGGAGUGAGUGAGGUUUGUCGAGCGUUUGGAUCUUGAUCACCGCCGGCGUCGUGUCUC